ACCUGAAGGAAUGGCAUCCACUGCUCCACCUGCAACGCCCGCUCCUUGGUGCGGUCGGGACUCCAAGCCACGUACUUUUGAGAAGCACUCGCCUGUCAUCUGCUAUGAUAAACCGGAGGCCUCGAUUGUCUCCAAACCGGAAUAUGAUGAUAAGCGCUUCCAGGCUCUAACAGGUGAUCUUAUCCAGACCCUGGUGGUGCCAAAGAGGGAGGCUCGAACCUGGACUAUGCAAGCAGGCGAUCUAUGCCGGAUAACCGUCAACGAGGGCUCACAGGUGGGCGACAUGAACUUCUGGAAUCUGGAAAACACUGCUGAACGCUUCUACUCGGGCAAGACUCGCCAGCUCCACUCCACGCACCUGCGCGUCUAUGAUCGCCUUUGGAGCUGCUUGCCCUACUUGCGGCCCAUGGCCACCUUCGUGUUUGACUCUCUAGCCAGCUACGGGAUCGACGAGGAUGGCGGCGCGCUGCAUGAUGUGAUUGGAACUCGCUGCGAUGACUACACUUACAAGUUGAUUACUGGCAAGGAUAGGGUGGGCAGCUGCCAUAGUUCCCUGGUCAAGGCCGUGGUAGAGGAACGCGGUCUGACCGAGCAAGACGUGCACGAUGUCUGGAACAUCUUUAUGUGCACCGGAUUCACCCGGGACACUCAACAGUAUUUCUGUAAGCCAAGUCCGGCCCGCAAGGGAGAUUUCAUUGAUUUCGUGGCCGACAUGAAUCUUUUGGUAGCUCUCAGCGCCUGUCCCCAAGGCGAUGUCUCCAUCCAGGUGGGCGCCGAGGUGCCGGACGAUAAGUGCCACCCCCUCAAGGUCGAGGUGUUCCGCAAAAAGUAAUCUGAGACAGAUUCAUUUGUAUUCCGUGUGCUUAACACGAUAUUGUGCCAUUGAUGUAAACAUCGCCUUCGCAAGAAUUUCAAAGUUGUGACUAAUUUACAAAGCUAUACAUAUUCUUAUCAAACUAAUCACAUACAAAGAUUGUUAUUAAAUGGUUAAGGGAUUAAAUAUAAAUUUAUUAAACAAAUAAAAAGUUUAAAUGCA